UAGCGUCGUCGGAAAAAAUCAGUUUACUGUACCACACGAUCGUAGCAUCAGAAAAUCGGGCUUCGUCGAUCUCCUCCCUCCGGCAUAGUUCUGGUUUUGUUCAUCUGCGAAUCCUCCUUUCUCACAACAGCGGCAUUGGAGAUGGUUACUUGCAGCAAACAAUCAGUUGAAGAGGAGAAGCAUGUUGAGGAGGAGCUGAAGAAAGUAGAGAGUUCAAUAGCUAUACUUAAUACUGACCUGGAACAACUGAAUGAGAGAAAGAGUAAUUGUUUGAAUAAGAUGCGACAUCUUCAAGACAAAAUCAGCAGGGAGGGUGCUGAUGUUGUGGUGCAAAAAUUGUUCACACUUUCACAGUCACUGAAGGCUCUAGAGAGGCAUGCAUCUGACCUCCAGUCUCAUUGUGAUUCAAAAGCUUCUAAAUUGCAAGCUGAUGUUAAUGAACUGGAGAAUGUAAUGUUCUGUGGUAAAGAUGGCAAGAACUUCUCUGAUUGUCUUGAUAGUUCUUUACACAAUUCUCUCGAGAGACUGAAUUCUGCAAAGAGGGAACUUGCAAUAAAGCUAAGGGAAAUUGUAUGGCUCAAACGGCAGCUUGAUGAUGUGCCAUCUCAAGCAGAACUUAUCCAGUAUGAACACCGGUUUUCAGAACUUGAUGUUCAAAUUCAGGAAAAGCUUCGGAAAACUCGUAAAUAUUAUGCCACCUUUAAUGCAUUGUUGGAGAUAAAAGACUUGAUGCUAAAGGAAACUUCCUUGUUAAACUCUAUAAGUUCCCAGUUUCAAGGUGCCAUUUCUAGCACUGCUGGUCGCAUGAAACUUAUUGAUUCCAUGGAGGGAAUUCUGACAGGAACUCAGCAGAAACUCGAAAAGGUGCAACUCACACUCCAGGCUGAACAGAAAAUAUGUGAUGCUGUCAAGGAAAGGUAUGCUACAGCAAUUGCCGAGCAGAGGUCCUGCUAUUCAAUCUUAAAAGAUUUCCAGGAGGAAUGUGCAAAGAAUGAGAGGCUUCGAAGACUGUCUUCAUAGAUAUACCCAUGAUGGAAAAGAUUGACCAUUGGGGGAAAAUCAUCAACGCGCAUAUUCUCAAUGAUGGAUGAUGGAUUGUCGUCGAGAACCAUAUUUAGAUCACCAUUAACCUUUGGAUUCUGUCAAAAUGAACAUCUGAUUGCAUCAAAGCGUUAGUACGUAGCUUCUCUCCAUCAAUUGAGUGCAAAACAUACCCACGUGCAAGAAAAUGUUGCAUUUGUAAGGUGCUUAUAACGCGGUUCCAUACAUGUUGAAUGUAUAUUUGCGACGGUUCUGAUUCUGCACUCAUAAUGUAAAAUCAAAUAUGUUUCGUUCUCUUUCUUUUCUUUUCUUUUCUUUUUCUUGUUUAGUGUCAAUUUUAAACUACUUUGUUGCAAAAUAAAGUGAACAAUGUAACUUUUUACCUCUACAAUAUGGUGUCUACAAUCUAA